CUGCAGCGCGCUCCGCAGACAGGUGGCUCCUCGUCCUCCGUCUCUUCCGUCUCUGCUGUCAGCCUCAGACCACUCCCUCUCUCAGUGAGAACGGAAGAGCCGCGGUCUAGUCUUUACUUGUCCUCCGCUGCCAUCAGACCUUGUUGUUUUUCCUCUAAUCUCAGGACUAUGCGCUCUGCACAGAAUGGCGGAUCCCAACGCGCUUGACGAACUCCAGUCGGAGCUGACCUGCCCGGUGUGUUUGGAGCUGUUCCGGGACCCGGUGAUCCUCGACUGCGGACACCACUUCUGCCAGGUGUGCAUCAUCCAGUGCUGGGAGGCCAAGGCGGACGAGCAGUGGAGCUGUCCCAAGUGCAGAAAGUCGUGCUCGCGUAAGCUGCGGCCCAACUCGCUCCUGUGCAACGUCGUGGACAGUGUGCGCAGAGCCAGCGCCAUGGACACGGCCGCGGGGAUCCCCGGGUGGGACCAGGAGGGCGCCCUGGAGGAGCCGGAGGAGCGGGAGCCCGGGUCCAGCAUGAGCAGCGUGGCCUCCUCCACCGGGCACUGGCCGCGGCUGGGCAUGGAUAUGUGCGAGGAGCAUGAGGAGAAGCUGAAGCUGUACUGCGAGGACGACCAGCUCCCCAUCUGCCUGGUGUGCGGCAUGUCCCGGGACCACAAGACCCACAAUGUCAUCCCCAUUACUGAGGCCUUCGAAAACUACAAGGAUAAACUGUCUGUGGCUCUGGAGAGUGUCCAGCUACAGACAGAGGAGGCCACGCUCUUCCAACAACAGACCAAUGAAAAGAUCCUCAUCAUAAAGGAGCGCGCGUCAGAUCUGGAGGACCUGGUCUCUGCAGAGUUUGGCCGCCUCAGGGAGUUUCUCCUGGAGGAGGAGGAGCGCAUAAAGGAGAAGCUGCAGAAGCAGAAAGAGGAGAAGCUCAGCCAGCUGGAGGAGGCGCUCACUCAAGCGACGGAGCAAAUCAGCGAGCUGGAGAGCACGGCCGAUCAGCUUCGCGUCAAAAUGACGGAGGAGGAGAGCCCAGAGCAGCUCAAGGGAAUAAAAGAUUUCAUUGGAGGGGCUGAGAGUUUGUUCGAGCGCCCUCCAGAGGUGGGUGUGGAUCUGGAGUCAGGAGAGUUUCUGGGUCCUCUGCAGUACAGGACCUGGAGGAAGAUGAGCUCCAUUUUUCGGCCAGCAGUCACAGCGGUGACCCUCAACCCGGACACAGCCUACCCCUGCUUGUGGGUUUCCGAGUGUUGCACCAACGUCCAGGUUGGCCAGAUCCAGCCCAACCUGCCCAACAACCCGGAGCGCUUCACCCGCUACAACAUCGUCCUGGGCUCCGAAGCCUUCUCCACUGGCAGACACUACUGGGAGGUGGAGGUGGGCCCCAAGACUGCGUGGGGCCUCGGUGUGGCCACCGCCUCGGUCAACAGGAAGGAGGAGAUCAGCCUCUGCCCCGACGACGGGUUCUGGACCCUCGUCCUGAGGGACAACGGUGACGGCACCUGUGAGUACGAAGCGUGCACCGACUCAGAGGACAGCUUGUUGUACCCCUCCAAACCCCCCAGGAGGGUGGGGGUCUAUCUGGACUACGGUCGAGGGGAAGUGGCGUUUUACGACGCGGAAGACAUGAGCCACCUCUUCACCUUCUAUGAUGCCAAAUUCAGCGAGCCGGUUUUCCCAUAUUUUAACCCCUGGCCGAUUAUCAACGGAUACAAUUGGGAGCCUCUCACUAUAGUAACGCCACACUGGGGAUAAACACUCUUUUCUAUCAUAGGACCCAACAGACUCGGAAUGAAAAUGCAUAAAGAGAUCAGCAGCAGAUGAAGUCAGAUGGACUUUCAGACAUCUGCCUUGUUAUAAAGAUUCAGCUGAACGAAUGAUGUUGUGAUGAUUAACAUGCAGGUGAUUGUGUUACUAUGAUUAAGAUGGAACAAGUUAAAGAUAAGACAAAUGAGGACAUGGCUGGAAAUAUUCAACAGUUUCUUAUUGUCGACAAGUUCCAAUGAAAUGAGGAAAAAGCAACAAUGAAUUUAUUCAACAUGGAAAGAAAACCUGAUGCAGCUCAUUCCCUGUUCAUUUGACCUAUUUAUAUCCUCACCCUUAGGAGUGAGCCACACUGUUGCUCUGGAUCUCACUAACACAAACAUAUACACGCACAUCCACAAACACACACAAACAUACACACAUACACGGUUGUUUUAUUUUGAGUAAAUCCCCCUCACACUCUGCUGCUGCCAUAAAUACUCACUUAAGCACCUAAUGUGUAUUAAUCCACAGAUGAAAAUAGUCCUAAAUAAAUGUGUCAUUUCCUCCUUUUUGAAAAAACAUUGCUAAAAUUGCAGUGUCCAGCUGUUGGGGGGGAAUUCAUUUGACUAUUUUUUUUUUUUUUUUUUUACAUUCCACUUCAUUUGGCUGACACUUUUUUCCAAAGCGACUUACAAUUAGUACACUCAACAUUUUAUGAGGGGCCAUUUAGGGGUUCAGUAUCUUGCUGGAGAACGACCACUCUACACCCUAGGCCACGCCGCCCCUUUUUAAUGGAUCUAUAUAUAGUUGUGGCUGUGGUUUUUGCAAUUUUUCUCAUAAUUGGCUUCAGUAGAAAAUUAAUGGGGUUUGACAGCCAACCAGAGAAAAGGUUACAUCCUGGAUGGGGGGGGACCCAAAGAUGUCACCACACACGACCAACCUACAGAGUCCAGGCUCUCUCUCUCUCUCUCGCUCAGGUGUGGCAUAAAGAAGGUUUAACAUCUCAUCUGACAUAACAGAACGUCAACUUUAACUAAGGGAAACAUUCACACAUGUCUGGCUUUGGUCUUUUCAAGGAAUUUGUUUACAAUAAGAAACUAUUUCCACUUAUUAUUUUUCCUUUAAUAUUUUGUAUCGGUCCAGAAUAUGGAAAAUAUGUGACAUGUAUUCAUUUUAAGAAUUUAAUCAAUGACUUGAUUUGUAUUAAUGAAUUUUGCUAAAAUAUCUUACUGCAUGUUUUUUCAAAUGACAUAAAAACAUCAUAUCUUAUUGUUCUUUUUAUAUAUCUUGUGUUAUACUUGUUAUUACGUGUACAUCCAAAGCAAUGUUGUGUAUCGCAGAUUUAUACAAAUUCUGACUUUACUUCCUUUCCAUUGACACCUCUGACCUCUCAGCCAGUCACACGUGUCCAACACUACACCUCUAACGUGUCAUUUACAUAUACGUUCUCUGGUUUGCGUCACAUCCACGUUAAGAUCAGAAUAAACACUGUGCAGGUAUCUGACCUAAGAGUUUAAUAAAGUGAUUAAAUGUC